AUGACAAAGAUGGUUGCCAAGAAUCAGUUCAAAGGGAGCAGCGCCACGCUAGCGCAGUUAAUUGAAGAGAUCGGACGUAGCGGUGGAAAAAAGCCUGUGUUCCAGUACAAGGUACCACUCUCGAUACGAUGGGCUUCCACCGCACUAGCUGUAGUGUUCCUGACAUAUGGUGCUGCAUACACUGAUAUGUCGUGGAGAACUGCUCGAGAGGUGUACGGAAAUGCUACUGAAGAGGAAAAAGGCAGCCUGUGGUUCAAGUGCAAAACUUUUGGGCCUGUGGCAUUAGGGGUAUUGCCUGUGAUCCUAGCUGCUGGCACUAGACACAUAACGUCAAGACUAGUCACAGAAAUGAAAUAUCUGCCACCUCUUAAGAAUAAUACGGUACCAAGGUGUCAGUUGACCCGACGCACUUCCUUGUUAGGAAGACCGGUUUCCAUUACCAGGGAGAUUAAUGAACUGUCCAAGAAUAAGACCACUAAGAUCUUCACUGGAGUAGGUUUGCAAGGUAUGGAGGACAGGGCCACUUUCGUUUUCUUCAUAGUGGAUAAAAAAGCUACUUCAUUCUUCAGUAAAAUUUACAUUUUCUCAAGAUCUGGUAGCGUUUUCAGGGACGACGCCAGGAUCUUGGAUUGCUUCUUUAAUGAUGCGGCAGGCAAUAAGCUUCUAAACAAGUCAAUAUUGACACAGAUUCUCUCUCGUACGUCUGCCAAAACUCAAUUUCACUCGAACAAUUCUAGGUCAUCCAUCAAAAAUAUUGUGGGGCCCAAAUAG